GCUCUGCCGAGGGAAAAUGCUAGCCGGGGGUUUGCUGGCCGGCUUCUCCGUGCUCAGCCUCCUCACCUACGGCUACCUGGACCCCGAAGGCGCUAGCAGUAGGGCGGUGAAGUGGGAAGGAGAGCCCGAGGCUGACCCCGCCGCCGCCACCUCCCAGCCGCACCUCAUCUUCAUCCUGGCGGACGACCAGGGCUUCAGAGAUGUGGGCUACCAUGGCUCGGAGAUCAGGACACCCAGCUUAGAUAAGCUCGCUGCGGAAGGAGUUAAACUGGAAAACUACUAUGUCCAACCGAUGUGCACGCCUUCCAGGAGUCAGUUCAUCACUGGAAGGUAUCAGAUCCACACAGGGCUUCAACAUUCUGUCAUAAGGCCCACCCAGCCUAACUGCUUACCAUUGGAUAAUGUAACACUACCUCAGAAGCUGAAGGAAGCUGGAUACUCAACCCAUAUGGUUGGCAAAUGGCACUUGGGCUUUUACCGUAAGGAAUGCAUGCCAACGCAGCGAGGGUUCGAUACUUUUUUCGGCUCUCUCUUGGGCAGUGGCGAUUAUUACACCCAUUACAAAUGUGACAGCCCUCGAAUGUGUGGCUAUGACUUAUAUGAUAAUGACAAUGCUGCUUGGGAUCACGACAAUGGCAUGUACUCAACGCAGAUGUACACACAAAAAGUGCAACAAAUCUUAGCCUCUCAUAACCCCAGAAAACCUAUAUUUUUAUACAUUGCAUACCAAGCUGUCCACUCACCCCUUCAAGCUCCAGGCCAGUAUUAUGAACGUUACAGAUCUAUAAAUAAUAUAAACCGGCGCAGGUAUGCUGCUAUGCUAGCGUGCUUGGAUGAAGCUAUCAACAAUGUGACCCUUGCGUUAAAGAGGUAUGGUUAUUAUAACAACAGUGUUAUCAUUUACUCUUCAGACAAUGGAGGGCAGCCAACAGCUGGUGGAAAUAACUGGCCUCUUAGAGGAAGCAAGGGGACUUACUGGGAAGGGGGGAUUAGAGCAGUUGGCUUUGUGCAUAGCCCUCUACUCAAAAACAAGGGAUGUGUGUGUAAAGAGCUUAUACAUAUUACGGAUUGGUUCCCUACUUUGAUCACAUUAGCAGAAGGACAGAUUGAUGAGGACACCGAGCUGGAUGGCUAUGAUGUAUGGGAGACCAUAAGUGAAGGCAGGCGGUCUCCAAGAAUGGAUAUUCUACACAACAUUGAUCCUAUCUACACCAAAGCCAAAAAUGGUUCAUGGGCAGCUGGCUUUGGGAUAUGGAACACAGCAAUUCAGUCAGCAAUUCGUGUGAACCACUGGAAACUACUGACAGGGAACCCAGGAUACAGUGACUGGGUCCCUCCUCAGUCAUUUAGUAAUGUUGGCCCAAGUCGCUGGCACAACGAACGGGUUUCGUGGACAGCUGGUAAAACUGUGUGGCUGUUCAACAUCACUGCUGAUCCAUAUGAGCGAAUGGACCUUUCCAGUAAGUAUCCAGAUGUGGUAAAGCAGCUGUUGCGUAGGCUUUCACAGUUCAAUAAAACAGCUGUGCCUGUUCGCUAUCCACCUAAAGACCCCAGGAGUAACCCCAAUUUUAAUGGAGGGGUUUGGGGGCCGUGGUUCAAGGAAGAUGAGAAGAAGAAGAAGAAACCAAACAAAAACAAAGAGAAUAGACACAGGAAAAACAAAACCAAUAAGAAACCUAACAGGAGAAAAGGACUUUCCUUGAACUGCUUUGCAGGUGGAUAGUUUCAGCUGAUGGCUUCUGCUGCAGUCUUAACCACACUUACCUGGACAGAUGCUACCAAAAGCAGUUAAGCUUCCAGGUAAAUGUGUUUAGGCUCAGAGUGCCAUUGCUGAACUAAAGUAAAACUCUCUCCCAAACUCAUGAUUUUCAGCUAUUCCAACACAGUAAAAGAACGAAAGAAAAAUAGGCAUUCCUGCACUGUUGCCAUUUUUAUUUAGUCUUGCAUUGUGACAGCAGAAACAUGUGUAAGGUGUAGUUAAUAUCCAUCUAAUGGGCCUUCCAGGUGAACCACCUUCUCUUCUAUACAAACGAGGUUUAUUUGUACCAUAUUAUUGCACACGUGGCAAAAAGAUUAUGUGCCAAAUGCACUUGUUUAUUUUAGCAACUGUGUGGAAAAUUGUACUGAUAAAUGUUCUUCGUCGGUUCAGAGGAAAUAAGAGACCAAAAAAGGACAAAAUGUUAAAAUGAGUUUGAUAUUCAUGUUGUCCUGAUGAAACGUAGUCAACUAUUAAGUUCCAUAAUAGCCUGAAUGACUUGUCAAAAAGCUGCUUCUAAUUAAAUUUUGCUUGGCUUUAAAACUGGAAAGGAUUUUUCCCCCUUCCCAGAAUGUGCCAAGCUGCAAGCCCUUCCAAUAAAAACAAGCUACGCACGCACACACACA